AUGGCAACGCCAGCUCUAACAGGUUUCUCCGUUAUGAGCCUGCUCAGCCUCGGUUACCUCACCUGGGACUGGAUGAGCCCGAAUCAGGUGGAGAACGAGUCCGUCCAGGGCUUCGGAGACAGGUCGCCGGUACCGCAUCCUCCUCACAUCAUAUUCAUCAUGACAGACGACCAGGGAUUCAACGAUAUCGGCUAUCACAACUCUGACAUUAAGACACCGACACUGGAUAAACUUGCCGCGGAUGGAGUGAAGCUGGAGAAUUAUUACCUCCAGCCCAUCUGCACCCCGUCCCGCAGUCAACUCAUAACCGGCAGGUACCAAAUUCAUACGGGCCUGCAGCACUCUAUUAUCCGGCCCCGCCAGCCCAACUGCCUUCCGUUCGACCAGGUCACCCUUCCCCAGAGACUGCAGGAGCUUGGAUACUCCACCCACAUGGUAGGCAAGUGGCACCUGGGCUUCUACAAGAAAGAGUGCCUGCCUACUCGCCGUGGCUUUGACACCUACUUCGGUUCCUUAACGGGCAGCGUGAACUACUACACCUAUGAUUCCUGUGAUGGACCCGGAGUGUGCGGGUUUGACCUCCAUGAGGGGGAAACAGUGGCUUGGGGUCAGGCGGGCAAAUACUCCACCCAUCUGUACACUCAAAGGGUCCGCAAGAUCCUGGCAAGCCAUGACCCUCAUGCCCAGCCGCUGUUCAUCUUCCUUUCCUUCCAGGCGGUACACACACCCCUGCAGUCCCCACGGGAGUACAUCUACCCGUACCGUGGGCUGGGCAACGUGGCGCGCAGGAAGUAUGCUGCUAUGGUCUCAGCGGUAGAUGAGGCGGUGCGAAACGUAACCUAUGCCCUCCGCAAGUAUGGUUACUACCAGAACAGCAUCAUCAUCUUCUCCACUGAUAAUGGCGGCCAGCCUUUGUCUGGUGGCAGUAACUGGCCGCUGAGAGGACGCAAGGGCACCUACUGGGAGGGUGGCGUUAGGGGUCUUGGGUUUGUCCACAGCCCUCUGUUGAGGAGGAAGAGGAGGGUUAGUAAAGCCCUAGUGCACAUCACGGACUGGUACCCCACACUGGUGGGACUAGCAGGUGGCAAUGCAUCUCUGACAGAGGGGGUGGAUGGUUAUGAUGUUUGGGGGGCAAUCAGCGAGGGUAAGGAGUCGCCACGGUUGGAGAUCCUUCACAACAUUGACCCGCUCUACAACCCAGCUCGCAGUGGCUCCCUGCAGAGGGGAUAUGGCAUCUGGAACACAGCCAUCCAGGCCUCGAUACGAGCUGGAGACUGGAAACUGCUGACGGGAGACCCCGGCUAUGGAGACUGGACUCCUCCACAGAUGCUUCCCGGUUUCCCAGGUGGCUGGUGGAACCUGGAGCGCCAUGUUGAGCCCAAGAAGUCUGUGUGGCUCUUCAACAUCUCUGGGGACCCCUACGAACGUUUUGACUUGGCUGAGCAAAGACCUGAUGUUGUCAAAGAGCUGCUGGCAAGACUGGUGUACUACAACCGCACUGCAGUGCCAGUGCGGUACCCGUCAGAAGACCAGCGGGCCCACCCAGACCUGAACGGAGGGGCAUGGGUACCGUGGGUGGGAGACGGGGAGGAGGACAACUGGGAUGGAGUCUACCCCAAAAAGACCAAGGACAGGAAGAAAAAGUUUAAGCUCUCCAAAACUAGAUCUUUCUUUAGGAGACUCAAUACUAGGAUCAUGUCCAAUAGGAUCUAG